AAUAUUGGUCAGAUAAGAAGUGCUCUGAAAAGAUUUCAAGACCAUCGCGCUCAUCAAGUUUGCACCAUUUCAAGUCCCUGACUAACUAAGUCGCCGACUCCGAAAUUCAGACCGGACUUUGGGAGCUCCACUUUCAGCUCCAAUCCACUUUCGCCCCGGCGCCCUAAGAAGUCCAAACCUCCUCGAGACUCAAUUCGGACAUCCCAUCCCCAAACCAUCCCACCUCGAGUCGAGUCGCAAGUCCCCUCCGGCACAAUGGCCCCGAUGAACAACUUCUUCCGCGCGGCGCGCCCCGUUUUCCGCAACACCUUCUUCACCUCCAACGCCGCCCGCAAUGGCGGCAAGCGUUUCCAGAGCACAGCGAGUUCGGAGCAGGCGCAAGAGUCCUUCUUCAAGCGCAUGUGGAACAGCCCGGUUGGCUUCAAGACGGUGCACUUCUGGGCCCCUGUCAUGAAAUGGGGUCUCGUCCUCGCAGGUAUCUCCGACUUUGCGCGCCCGGCCGAGAAGCUCUCGCUCACCCAGAACGCCGCCCUGACUGCCACCGGUCUCAUCUGGACCCGCUGGUGCUUGAUCAUCAAGCCCAAGAACUACCUUCUCGCCGCCGUCAACUUCUUCCUUGGCAUCGUCGGUGUCGUUCAAGUCUCCCGCAUCCUCAUGUGGCAACAAUCCCAAAAGAACAAGACCCUCCCCGCCGCUGCUGAGGAGGUCAAGGAAAACGUUAAGGAGGAGGUUAAGAAGGUCGUCAAGGCCUAAACUUUCGAACGUCACGAAAUCGAUCGAUUGAUGACGAGCCAUUGAGGUUCUGGUAUAGUCGGUAGUCGGGAGUCGGUAGUCGGGAGUCGGGAGUCCAAGUCCAAGCCGAAGUCAAAAAGUCGAAAACACGUAGAGGCUGGCAUUUCGUCAAAAAAAGGGUUUUGAAGUGAUACGACAGGAGCUGAAAUCACAUGCCGACUGUGACUA